AUGCUUGAGAAGCAAGUCCUCUUUGCGAAGUUAUUCGCCUAUAUUCUCCGGCUUUACGGCGAUGUACUCCGCCGUACGGUCAAACGGAAAACGCGAUCCCUAUGGCGUAAGCCCUCGUCCGCAGCAGGUCCAGAAGAAGUCCGUCCCAUUGUGAUUAUUGGUGCCUCUUUUGCGGGCUAUCAUGCAGCACGGACAAUUGCUACCUCUCUGCCACCCGACAGUCCGUACAAAGUCAUCAUAAUCGAGCCGAAUACACAUUUUCAGUUCACCUGGGUGCUACCGCGAUUUUGCGUCGUUCCAGAUCAUGAGCACAAGGCUUUCAUUCCAUACGGCCCGUAUCUCGGCGACGCUGCGGACUCAGUUCAGUGGAUCCGAGAUCGGGUCGAAACCAUCGAGCGGAAGUGCGUCAUACUGACGAGCGGAGAGAAAAUACCAUAUGAAUUUCUGGUGAUCGCUACCGGUUCAGCGCACGGUGGGGAGCUGCCUUCGCGAGUGGGCGCGGAAAGAAAGCAGGAUGGGAUGAAGCGUCUCCAACAAGUACAGUACCGGAUCAAGGACGCGAAGAAAGUCGUCGUUAUCGGGGCGGGAGCCGCCGGCGUGGAGCUCGCGGCGGAUGCGAAAGAGCAUUAUCCAGAGAAGGAAGUUGUGUUGGUACAUUCGCGCCAUGCGGUAAUGAACAGGUUUGGGCCAGAGCUGCAGGCGGCUGCUUUGAAAGCCUUGGAGGAAUUGGGUGUUGAAGUGAUUCUCAAUGACAGAAUGGCCCAUGAAGAUUUGGAACAGGGCCGUGUGGUGCUAACUUCAGGACGGGUGGUGGAGUGUGAUUACCUAAUCAAUUGUACUGGUCAAAAACCAUCGUCCAAUCUUUUCGCGGAGUUGAGUCCCGGCUCAAUCUCUCCGUCAGGCCAUAUCGACGUCAAGCCUACCAUGCAGGUAAAUGACGACAGUUUGCCCAAUGUCUACGCAUGUGGAGAUGUGGCAAGCCUGCACGUUGGAAACCCCAACUCCCGCUCCGCCACGCAUCAGGCUACGGUUGCAGGCGAUAAUGUCGUGCUGGCGGCCAUGGGGAAGAAGCCACGAGCCACAUACACGCGACAUUGGGCAGAUGGAGUGAUCAAAUUAACUCUCGGACUGAGCAAAUCCAUCACGCACUUUGGAAAUGGCCAGGCUGAGCUGCUAUUCCACGCGAAAGAGAAAGACAUCGCGUUGAUGUCCGAAGGGGCGUGGAGAGCUAUGGGAGCAACACCAUUUGAGGAUCCUGGUUUAGAGCCCUUGGACGAGAAUGGAUUCUAA